CACUCAAAAAUAAAAAAUAGAAGAAAAUUUCUUUUCCCAGGUCAUUGCGAUUUUCAUUCUCUUCUCACUUCCCGCCUCUCAGUCUCUACCUCCUCCUCCUUUCAUUCCUCUCCUUCAGGCCGCCUCCAUCGCCGUCGACACCAUCGCAGCAGGCUUUGCAGCUUCCGAAAUUCAAACUCUGCUGAUUGAAAUUUUCAAUUUCCGGAAUUCGGACUGAGAAAUCAGCUAUGGCGGGUUCCGAAAGAGAAGAUAAGGUCUCAUUGGAGCUUACCGAGGAAAUUCUUCAAAGCAUGGAAGUUGGCAUGGCUUUCAAAGAUUACAGUGGUAGAAUCAGUUCAAUAGACUUUCACAAAACAUCCACUUAUCUAGUUACUGCAAGUGAUGAUGAGUCCAUACGCUUGUAUGAUGUAGCAAGUGCAACUUGCUUGAAGACAAUUAACAGCAAAAAGUAUGGAGUUGAUCUUGUUUGCUUUACAUCUCACCCUACAACAGUCAUUUACUCUUCAAAAAAUGGUUGGGAUGAAUCCUUGAGGCUUCUAUCAUUACAUGACAAUAAGUACUUGCGGUAUUUUAAAGGUCAUCAUGACAGGGUUGUAUCUCUUAGCUUGUGUGCUCGCAAGGAAUGCUUUAUCUCAGGCUCUCUUGAUCGAACUGUUUUGCUUUGGGAUCAACGAGCUGAAAAGUGCCAGGGUCUUUUACGUGUGCAAGGAAGGCCUGCUACAGCGUACGAUGACCAAGGGCUAGUUUUCUCAAUUGCCUUUGGUGGAUACAUACGAAUGUUCGAUGCUCGCAUGUAUGAAAAGGGUCCUUUUGACAUUUUUUCUGUUGGAGGAGAUGUUUCUGAUGCUAAUGUUAUAAAGUUCAGUAAUGAUGGAAGACUAAUGCUUUUGACAACAAUGGAUGGACACAUUCAUGUACUUGAUUCUUUUCGUGGUACACUUUUAUCAACAUACAAUGUAAAGCCAGUUUCAAAAAAUUCCACAUUAGAAGCUUCAUUCAGUCCCGAAGGGAUGUUUGUUAUAUCUGGUUCCGGUGAUGGUAGUGUCUAUGCUUGGAGCGUCAGAAGUGGGAAGGAAGUCGCAAGUUGGAUGAGUGCUGAAAAUGAGCCCCCUGUCAUCAAAUGGGCUCCUGGAAAUCUUAUGUUUGUGACUGGAUCUUCUGAACUAUCAUUCUGGGUUCCAGAUUUAUCGAAACUCGGAGCAUACGUUGGAAGGAAGUAGAGAAACUCUGUCUCGAAUCUGCCCCAAAUCUUAACUACUCAGCUGUCAACAAGAAUCUUUCCUAUAUUGGUGCAAGUUGAGGUUAUCGCCACACUUACCUGUUUCUUUACUUGCCUCCGUAAAUUUGUUCCCUUGUCGGAAAAUUAUAGCACCAGAGAAAAUCAGAUGUGUAAUUGUAUUGAGAAAGAAGCAAGUUUUGUAGAUGCUUCACCUAAAACAGUUAAAAAGAAUGAUCAAAAUCCCUAGAAAUGUAGAUUGUACAGUUUUCUCUAACAAAUAUCUAUUUUGAAGCUUUUUUCACAAGUUCUUAGUUGUAUCAUGAGCAAGAACAAUAUUCUUAAUCUGUAUGAAUACUUUGAAAAUGUAUUAAUCAUAUUUUAUUUGCUUCAA